UGGAAGUGGAUAACGUAUAUUAUCAUAAAUGACUUGCAACAAAACCACAAAACAAAAUAUCUGACAUUGCAUGAACCUUUUUCCUCUUUCUCCUUCCAAACACAAAGAAAGACACCAAACAAUAACAAUUUGGUUGUAGCAAUGGGUGUCUCUUUCCUCUCAAUCUCAACUCUUCCUUCUCUUCAUCCACUUGGUGGUUCUCAUUAUCCAAAAACAACUUCAACCAGACACCAACCUCGUUCAGUGUCCAUUUGUUGUGCAAAAAUCAAGACUGAUGUUAGCGAUGAAGAAGAACAGUUCUUCCAUUGGAGGCGAAGAGACGUUCUUAAAUGCAUUGGGUUGACCAUUGGUUUGGAGUCGAUAUCAAGCUCUGGAUCGCUCCUUGGAACCGCUAAUGCUGCUGAUCUAAUAGAACGCAGACAGCGCUCUGAUUUUCAGUCUCAAAUUAAAGGGACGCUAUAUACAGCAAUAAAGGCAAAUCCUGAUCUUACUCCAUCCAUUCUAACACUGGCUCUAAAUGAUGCUUUGACUUAUGAUAAGGCAACGAAAACGGGUGGCCCAAAUGGUUCUAUCCGGUUCAGCUCAGAAAUAAGUAGACCUGAAAACAAGGGGCUUUCUGCAGCCUUGAAUUUUAUAGAGGAAGCAAAAAAAGAGAUAGAUUCAUAUUCCAAAGGUGGACCUAUUUCCUAUGCAGAUCUCAUCCAGUAUGCAGCACAAAGUGCAACAAAGGCUCAAUUUUUAGCUUCUGCAAUUCGCAAAUGCGGUGGAAAUGAGGAGAAAGGGAAUUUACUAUACACUGCAUAUGGAUCAAAUGGACAGUGGGGUUUGUUCGAUAGGCAAUUUGGUAGGACUGAUACUGACGAGGCAGAUCCAGAGGGGAGAAUUCCACUUUGGGAGAAAGCAAGUGUUCAGGAAAUGAAAGAUAAAUUUUCUGCAGUAGGCUUUGGUCCUCGCCAGCUGGCUGUGUUGUCUGCAUUCAUAGGUCCUGAUCAGGAUGCAACAGAAACCUUAUUGGCAUCUGAUCCAGAUGUUGCUCCAUGGGUACAAAAAUACCAACGGAGCCGCGAAACUGUCUCUCGAACCGACUACGAGGUUGAUCUGAUAACCACUUUCACAAAAUUGAGUACCUUGGGACAAAAAAUUAACUAUGAGGCAUAUACAUAUCCUCGCAAGAAGAUCGACAUUACCAAACUCAAGUUGUAAAAAUAGAGUACAAUAUCAUGCUCACUUUCUUCCCCCAGGACAGACCUUCAAUUUCAAGUUUUGACUUUUUUCUUUUUUAACGAAAAAAUGUUGAGCUUCUAUGCAAUUACUUAUGCUUAUGUAGUGAGAUAAAACCAUAUCUCUUCUAAUUAAGUUGAAGCAAAACCUCUUGCCAAAAGAAAAAGUUGAAGCAAAACCUAUAUUGAAGAAUGGACCAGAGUUUCACUCAUUUGCUAUA